AUGAAGUUUCGUCACGCGAUUCUCUUCUUCGUUGCUGUCGUCUUGGUUUACUACAAGUACACCACCUGGCUGGAACUCGCCCGCGAGAGACAGCUCGCCUGGUGGUUCGAUCCACGUCGGGGUGGCAGCGAUUUCGAGUCGGUGUUUGGCAUCGAGCUCACUCUGGAUGGCGCCUCAUCUGCCGUCUCAUUGCCAGACGGCAGUCUAGUGGGACUUGCGACUGUGCAAGGUGGCGAAGGCUAUGUCAACUUGAUGAGGGACUGGUACCGGAUCUGCACCGCGGAGAACGCCACGAGAGAAGAGAAGAAGGUGCUUGCCGCGUCGAGAUACCCAGACUUAGAUGCUGAGGAGAUCAAUGCUGUACAUCAAGCAUGGAACACUUUCCACGAGUCUGCUUCACGGCCUUCUUGGGACAGACUAAACAUUCUGCUGGGCAUGUUCGACUCGUAUUCCCCAAAUCUGGAGACGCUGUACACCCAGACGUUCUUCGCAGAAGACAAGUCAGUCCGCAUCCUCGAGCGCGUCCUAUCGAACCUCCACCAAGCGACGAUGCAGGCAUUGGCAAAUGUGACCUCCUUCGAAGCCGCCGACAGACCAUACACCGAAAUUGCCCUCCCAGGCUGGAUGUUCAACAAUAUCCUUGCCAUCUCCGAUGAUCCUCCCGAACCUCCCAACUUCACCCUAGUGCUCUCCUUCGACUACUUUCCCCUGACUAGACGAAUCUCAGUCGCAGCGCAUCGAGCGGGCUUUCGCCGAUCAGUCAUGGAUGGACCUAAGCAAAUCAUGGGCCAUCACUACAAGGGAGCUCACCUCGAGGGACCUCGUCCUGGGCUAGCUAUGGCUAUACGAUCGGCUGCGAAAGGGAUCUGCGAGAUGUCGAUAGCGGGAAGGGAAUACUGCGAGGUGAAGCCGUAUGGUACUUGCUCGCCGCGAGAGCUUGUCGCAGUCGUUGAUCAGCAUUUUGUGAACGGCACAGAUUGGAUCAUGCUGUGGCUACAAGAUUGUGGUACUCAUGGUGUUGGCUUCGUUCGCUGGAAAACCUGGAGUCUAUCAAGAACGGGGACGGACUAUGAAGACGACCGGGGGCGGAUUCUCAAUGAGAUGGCGGUCGAGAUUGCUAAAGCUGCUCAGGGGCUCGAAGGCUCUCCACAGAAUGAAAGCUAUGAGAAGCUGUCACUGUUGCUGACAGGAGGCAAGGGGCUAGAAGGUCCUCUACUUUCGGCGGCCCUGGAGAAGUCCCAAAUGCACGAUCUCAAGGUCGAAGUGGUGCGUGGCGAGGAAGAUCAGUUCCUGGCGGCCAUCGGUGCAGCUGAAGUGGCUCGGUACGACUGGUUCAUGUACAAUGUGAACCAGAUGGACUCCGAAGACUUUCCAAGGUGGUUUCGCAGGAACCACGAGAGUGCGCGGCGAGAGAUUUGA